AUGUGGCUUGAUCGGCUUGCAGGGCAGCCGAACCCAUCACCGUCCUCGUCGCAGCCUGGCAGCCGUCCCUACUCUCCUCUGCCGCGACGAGCAUCCAACAGUCCCUAUGUUACUUCUCAGAGGCCGGGAGUGACACCAAGAGGGUCAAAUUUAUCCCUCGUCUCUAACGAUUCUUCGACCUCUUUUCUCGCCGCUCGCAAGGUCAAUGGUUCUGGCCUCAAGCAGUCCCAAACGACAUAUGAUGGGCCCGACUCGGUCGAGAUCUUAACCCGGAUUUUAGAUACUAUAUCACCCUCAAGCACUACUACGAUACGCUCGGAACCAAAAAUAAGCGAAAAUGAUUUGGAAAUGGCAUUUGAUUUCGAGGGAUUGAGCCUCCGAGAGCUGGCAAGCUCCGAGAGCUCGGUUACAGAUGGUACGGAUGGUUAUCGACGGCAGACCGCAGAAGAAUUUGAAACUAGCAAGGCCCAGUUUGAAGACUUGCAUAGAUCCAUCGCAGCAUGCGACGGCGUCCUCAGCUCUGUUGAGACCAACUUGACUAGUUUCCGCAACGAUCUUGCGACAGUCUCUGCGGAUAUAGAAACUCUGCAAUCUCGAUCCACAGCACUCAAUGUCCGCCUCGAAAAUCGAAAGGCUGUCGAAAAAGCAUUUGGACCGGUUGUGGAAGAACUCAGUGUUUCUCCCCAUGUCGUAUCCAAAAUCGCAGAGGGUCAUAUUGAUGAGGCCUGGGUCAAGAUGUUGGCAGAGGUAGACAAACGGGCAACAGCAUACAAGAAUAAUACAGCCAGCCCAGAGAAGAGCAAAGCUUGGGCUGAUCUCGGUCCAUUGUUGGAAAAGCUUACAAUGAAGGCCAUUGAACGAAUAAGGGACUUCAUUGUGGCCCAGAUUAAAGCGCUACGGUCUCCUCACAUCAAUGCUCAAAUCAUCCAACAACAGAACUUUCUGAAGUUCAAGGAGCUUUACGCUUUCCUUCACAAGCACCAUUCCAAGCUUGCCGAAGAGAUUAGCCAGGCUUACAUGAACACAAUGAGAUGGUACUACGCUAACCAAUUUGCUCGAUAUCAAAAGGCAUUAGAAAAGCUCAAGUUGCACAUUCUUGACAAGAAUGAUGUUCUUGGUCACGAAGAACCGUCACGAAGAGCAACUGUGCUAUCUGCUACCAAACCAGUUGGCCCGCCGCAUGAUGCCUUUAACUUAGGACGUCGCAUCGACCUACUAAAAACGAGCGACCAAUCCGCCAUCUCUUCUUAUUUAGCCGAGGAAGAUCAAACUACACACUAUCUCGAAGUUCCUUUCAGAAACUUCAACUUAGCAUUAAUUGAUAAUGCAACUGCAGAGUAUACCUUCUUGGCAGCCUACUUUUCGCCCCCGCUUUCGUUAGCAGCGGUGUCGCGGCAGUUUAACUACAUUUUCGAGCCAGCAUUUGCGUUGGGUCGGACACUGACCAAGACUCUGAUUACUGAUACCUACGAUGCGUUGGGUCUACUGCUAUGCAUUCGGCUGAACCAGCAUCUGGCCUUUGAGCUGCAGAGGCGCAAGAUCCCCGCCGUGGAUGGUUAUAUCAACAUGACAACCAUGCUUUUGUGGCCGAGGCUACAGGUUGUCAUGGACUAUCACUGCGAGUCUGUACGACAACUCACCAACUCUCUACCAACGAAAGCUAGGGCUGCGGAUCAGAACAGGCUGUCUGCAGCACCCCACCUCGUUACACAGCGAUUCGGCCAAAUUUUGCAAGGUGUUCUGGCGCUUAGUGGCGAGGCAGGAGAUGACGAGCCCGUGGUUACUAGUCUACGUCGAUUGCGUUCAGAGGCGGAAGCUUUUCUGACCCGCUACAGUCAGUCUUUUGGCGACAAGCGCAAGCGUGAGCGAUUUUUGUACAACAACUACUCGCUGACUUCAACCAUCAUCAGCGAUGUUAACGGGAAGCUGGCAACAGAACAGCAGGAGCAUUUCGAGGAACUCAAGUCAGCGUUCCAGGAGGGUGCUUGA